CUGACAGGAGCUGAGGAUGUUGGAGUCCUACGUCACUCCGCUCUUGAUGAGCUAUGUGAACCGCUACAUCAAGAACCUGAAGCCCUCGGACCUGCAGCUGUCCCUAUGGGGGGGAGAUGUGGUCCUCAGCAAGCUUGACCUCAAGCUGGAUGUCCUGGAGCAGGAGCUGAAGUUGCCUUUCACCUUCCUGAGCGGUCACAUCCAUGAGCUGCGCAUUCACGUGCCAUGGACAAAGCUUGGCUCUGAGCCAGUGGUCAUCACCAUCAACACCAUGGAGUGCAUCCUGAAGCUGAAGGACGGUGCUCAGGAUGACCAUGAGAGCUGUGGCUCGAGCUCGACCAGUCGCAGCGCCUCCGACAGCUCCAAGUCCCUGGCCAAACCGCGGCGGGUGCAGCAGGCCGCCCCUACAGACCCAGACCUUCCCCCAGGAUAUGUACAGAGCCUGAUCAGGCGGGUGGCCAACAACGUCAACAUUGUGGUGAAUAACCUCAUCCUGAAAUACGUGGAGGACGACAUUGUGCUGUCCGUCAACAUCACCUCAGCGGAGUGCUACACUGUAGAUGAGAUGUGGGACAGGGCCUUCAUGGACAUCGCUGCCCCUGAUCUGGUUCUGAGGAAGGUGAUUAAUUUCUCGGACUGCACGGUGUGUCUGGACAAGAGGAACGCCAGCGGGAAGAUCGAGUUCUACCAGGACCCGCUGCUCUACAAGUGCUCCUUCCGAACACGCCUGCACUUCACCUACGACAACAUCAACUCCAAGAUACCGGCCGUCAUCAAAAUCCAGACCAUGGUGGAGAGCCUGAAGCUGUCCAUGACUGACCAGCAGCUGCCCAUGUUCAUCCGCGUCAUGGAGCUGGCCUUGGCACUGUACUACGGCGAGAUCGGCACCAACAAGGAGGCGGACGGCGACGAUGGAGCGGGCAGUGCCAGGGAGGUGGUGGUCAGCAUCCCAGGUAUGGAAGUGGACCUUGACCCCAAGGCCAUGGCGGGCCAGUACCCAAGCCCAGACCAGUACAUGUCCCCGGGGUCAGAUGACGACGAGCAGGGCUGGGUGUCGUGGGCCUGGUCGUUUGUGCCGGCCAUCGUGAGUGAAGAUGAGGAGGAUGGGGAGGGGGGCUUCUAUGUGGAGGGUGACCAGGGAGACGGCAGUCCCAGCGGCUCUCAGCAACACACGCCCAAAGACCCCAUAGUGUCCAUCGGCUUCUACUGCACUAAGGCAUCAGUCACGUUUAAGCUGACGGAGACGCAGGCGGAGAGCAGCUACUACAGCCCCCAGAAGGUGAAGUCCAGGGAGGUGCUGUGCGUGGAGCAGGAGGGCAUCACCGUGGAGGCGCUGAUGAAGGGCGAGCCCUUUUUCGACUGUCAGAUUGGCUUUGUGGGCUGUCGGGCCCUGUGCCUGAAGGGCAUCAUGGGAGUGCGUGACUUUGAGGAGAACAUGAACAGGCGUGAAGAGGAUGCUGUGUUCUUCACCUGUGGGGAGAACCUGAGCUCCAAAGGCAUGACCUACCUGACCAACUCCCUCUUUGACUACCGGAGCCCUGAGAACAAUGGCGUCCGUGCUGAGUUCAUCCUGGAUGGGAACCUGCACAAGGAGACCUACACAGAGAUAGCGGGCAUGCAGAGGUUUGGGGCUUUCUACCUGGAUUACCUCUACACAAUGGAGAAUGGCGGUGACAAAGUGUGUGUUGGGUCUCAGGACUUCUCGUCAGCGGGUAAAGAGGAACCGUCGCCGCCAGUGCAGGAGUCAUCUGUGAAGCGUCUGGUGGUCGGUCCUGUUGACGUGCGUCUCCAAAGCAGUGCCGUGCACCGCAUCCUCAAGAUGGUGGCCUGCGCCCUGGACCAUGAAUAUGAGCCCUACUGCAGACCCAAGCCAGAUGUGGUGGAGGAGAGCCGGGCACCCCCCACCCAGGAGGAGCUGGCGGCCCUGGAGGAGUUCAUCCCCACGCGCAUCACGUCCGUCACGCUGCUCAGCAUCUCCGUCACACUCUGCAUGGCCGAGUUCAACCUCCUGCACACCGUCCUGCCCCUCAUCAUGGGACACAAGACCCCCCCUCCCCAGGCCAGUGCUCCAGUGUUCCAGGCGGUGAGGCCGCUGCCGGCGGUCAGGCUGCUAGUGGAGCGGCUCAACCUGGAGCAUUCGGAGCCCAUGUACGCCCCUGAGCUGGUCAGCGCUGUCAGCAGCCUCUCCCAGCCCUCCGACAACCUCCUGCAUCACUGCUAUGCACACUGCUACCUCAAGGUGUUUGGUUUCCAGGCAGGCCUGAGCUCCAUGGACGCCGAGGGCCACUUCCUCCCUCUGAUCCCCAUCGUCCCCUCCUUCAGCAUGGCGCUGUAUGGGAAGCUGCUGCGCCUACCCGCCUACUGGACCAAGAGGUCUUCAGUGUCCAUCACCGAGUGCAUUUUCGAGCUGCCCCACUUCUCGCUGCAGGGCAGCCGGGCCCAGAUGCUGCUGCUGCAGGCCAUCAGUCAGAGCUGGACUCACAGCCUGGGCAGCGGGGCCUCCCAGGGGGUCAGCGACGGCCUGCUCAACGACGUCUACAAAACACCAUCCCCAGGUGUGAAGCCGUGGAGUGGCGCGCCCGUGCUGGAGGCCUCCGUGCAGAGCGUGGAGCUGAAGCUGUGCCGCCGGGCGACGCUGCGCUGCGCCUCGGGCACCGUGGGGGCCGUCAAAGUGUGCGCCAGGACCCUAGGUUCCACGGAGGGCCAGAAGGAACGUUUGGUUCCGCUGAUCCAAGGCCCAUCUGACACCAAGGAGCUCCACCAGAGCCGCUGGCUGAACGAGCUGCGGAAGCCAGAGUCACUGCUCGCCCCCGACCUGCUCGCCUUCUCCAUUCAGGUGCCACAGCAGGGCGACGACUGCCGCAACUCAGGUGCUGUGCUGCUGGUCAGCGUGCAGGGCGUAGCAGUGAAUGUGGACCCGGUGUUCUGCACAUGGCUUCUGUACCAGCCUCCGAGAGGGAGCGGCAGGCAGCAGCAGCAGCAGCAGCAGCAACAGACGCAGGGUGUGCCUCCUGUGGUGAUGGCGGGGUCCAAGCGGCGGGAGGACGAGGUGUCGAUGGGGAGUGCACCUUACGCCAAGCCACCCUCCAACCAGGCCUCGGACUACGCCAGCAGCCCCGUCAAAACCAAGACCGUCACAGAGUCCCGGCCCCUGUCCAUCCCCAUGAAGGUGAUGCCGUCGACGGAUGCAGAGUCCUGGGCCUCUCCAGAGGAGCGGAUGAAGGAGCUCAUCGCCUGUGUGUGGGACGCCGUCAAACGCCUCACUCUCCAGCUGGAGCUGCAGUCGUGCUGUGUGUUUGUGCCCAACGACAGCCUCCCCUCCCCGAGCACCAUCGUGUGUGGGGACAUCCCGGGCACGGUGCGCAGCUGGUACCACAACCAGGCCACCAUGCCUGGGACUCUGGUGGUCUGCCUGCCCCAGAUCAGCGUGAUGAGCGCGGGACACAAGUACACGGAGCCCCUGCAGGAGAUCCCGUUCGUGGUUAUCCGGCCCAUACUGGAGGAGGGUGAUGCGUUCCCCUGGACGGUGAGCCUGAGCCAGUUCAGUGUGUACACCUUGCUGGGGCAGCAGCGGUCACUUAGCCUGCUGGAGCCCAUGGGCUGCACCUCCACGCUGGCCGUCACCUCUCACAAGCUGCCCACACAGGCCACCUUCCCCCCCGUCGCCCCCGAGGGGCCCCACCCCCACGCCUUCAUCGUGUGUCUGCACGUGGACCUGCAGCCGCUGCACCUCAAGUGCUCCAACCCACAGGUGCAGCUGCUGUAUGAGCUGUUCCAGAGCUGGAGCUCCACCUGGUCUCGGCUGCAGAGGAGGGGCAUCCUGCGCCAGGUGCCCGCUUUCCCCGAUGCCCCUGCCAGCGCCGCCACGCCCGGCGGACCACAAUCGCCCGUACCCAGCAGCGCCGGCACCGCUCCGCCAGACACCAGCACCUGCAGCCCAUCCGCCGACCUCUGCUCCCCCACCGAGGGGGACUCAGUGCAGGCGGCAGAUGAUUCUCCGUUCUGUGAGACGGUCACUCUGGAGCAGAGGACCAGCAGCAUCUGCGGCUCCAGUGGGAAGGUCAGCCUGUGGAUGCAGUGGAUGCUGCCCAAGGUCACCGCCAAGCUCUUCGCCCCAGACGCCCUUAACAAGAAAUCAGAGAUCUGUGUGAUCAGUGAGAUGGAGGACCUGAGCGCCUCGGUGGACGUACAGGACGUCUACACCAAAAUCAAGUGCAAAGUGGGCAGCUUCAACAUUGACCAUUACAAAACCAGGCCUGGUGAGGGCAAGCAUGCCGGCCAUUUUGAAGGCGUCAUUCUACAAUGCAAGGAGAAAGCUGUGACGGCCGCCAAGGCCCUGGAGGUGUCCCACCAGCAGCAUGGCUUCCUGUCCGUCACCUACACACAGGCCGUGACGCGCAACGUGCGCCACAAGCUGACCGCGCGGCAGGAGCGAGGUGCCCCUCGGGCCGGCCUGGUGAUGGGCGGCCUCGGCGUGGGAGGCGUCCUGGGCGAGGGUCAGAUGUCCGGCGUGCCGCCGGUGCCGGGCACGAUGCCGAUGGUGGACGGCUCGCCGCAGCACCUGCACGAGAUCCUGCUGACGGCGCAGCCCUUCGACCUGGUGCUCUCCUGCCCCCUGCUGGCCGCCGUCGCCGGGGUCUUCCGCGUGGCGCCGGAGCCGUCGUCACGGCGACGAGCACUGAGGGAACGAGGGAGGCGGGCGGGGCAGCCCAUGCGUAGCCACACCCUCACCUCCAGCAGCCUGCCUCUCAUCUACGUCAACACCAGCAUCAUCCGCAUCUUCUGCCCCACAGACACAGACUCGCCUCAGAAGAAGGAGGACACUCUGGUGCUGAAGAUGGGCUCUGUGAGCAUGGCACCUCAGGCAGAUAACCCCCUCACACGCACCGUGCUGCGCAAGGACAUCUACCAGAGAGCUAUGAACCUGGGCAUCCUGCGAGACCCGGGCUCUGAGGUGGAGGACCGGCAGUACCAGGUGGACCUGCAGUCCAUCAACAUCGGCACGGCACGCUGGGAGCAGCUCCGGCCCGAGAAGGACGCGGGGAAAGGAGGCUCGCCCGCCGAGGGGGAGAGGAACUCCCAGAAUCCCGCGCUGGAGUGGAACAUGGCCAGCAGCAUCAGGCGGCACCAGGAGCGCAGGGCCAUCCUGACCCCCAUCCUCACCGAUUUCUCCGUGCGUGUCACCGCAGCUCCCGCCAUCAUCUUCAGCAAGCCCGUGUCCCCCGACAACACACAGGUGGAGGAGAUUGUGGUGUGUGGCCAUUCCCUGGAAGUGAACGUCACCUCAGGCCUGGACUUCUUCCUGAGCGUGGCCCAGGUUCAGCUCCUGCAGCAGCUGCUGCGCGCCAACAUGCUGGGGGCCGAGGGUCCGGAGAAGAGCACAGAGCGAUCCUGGUCAAUCGGCGCACAGGGCCCCCGGUGCACCAGGACUGGACCGCGUCUCCCCGACUUCAAAGCCGGCGCUCUGACAGCACCGCACCGGCUCCUGCGGCUCACCGCGCGCGUCACUGACGACCUGUCAGGGUCCCCUCACUGCGUCUCGUUCGGAUUCCGAAUUCCUCCCCCCCCGGUCCUGUCCCCGACCCAUAACCAGGCCUCAGAGAACAUUCUAGAGAGGCACCUGGAGGAGUUGGCAGCGCUUAUCAAGGGCGCAGCUGGCGCCGGGCCGCGUGGUUCUGCUGACAGUCGCUGUGAACCGCGCUGCUCCCUGGCGCUGGCCCGGGUCGUGACCCGCCUCUCCCUGCCUUUGUUGUGGUUCAGCACGAGUACAGAGCAGGCCAGGGUUGGUGGAGACGGUUGCCAGGGCAGUGUUUGCUCAGACAGCGAGUCGGGCUCACAGCUCCAGUGUGACCAGCUGGUGUCGCCCACCGCCCUGGCCGCAUGCACCCGCGUGGACUCCUGCUUUGCCCCCUGGUUCGUGCCCUCCGUGGGCAUCUCCCUGCAGCUGGCACAGAUCCAACUCCGACUGUGCCACCACCUGGAGCAGCUGGGCACAGCCCCAUGCCAGCGGCUCCGCCCCUUCCUGUCUGACAGGAAGUUACCUCAGGAGCAGGAGUACAUGAUGAUUGGUGUGAACGAGCCGCGUGUUUACCUGCGGCAGUGGAGCGGGCGGCGGCCCUCGCAGCUCUACCAGGAGCUCAGCCUGUCCAGCCGUCUGGAGUGCCAGCUGCUGGAGUACCGCAACCUGACGCUGCGGCCCUUGGUGCGGCCCUUCAGCCUGCGCGGCCAGGCCGCCGUCACCCAGGGGCCGCAGCACCGGACGCUGGACGGGAGCGUGUUCGUGGAGCCCGUCUUCGCCACCGUCAGCCAGCACAUGGUGCACACACUGGACACGGCCGUCAAAGGCUGGCAGCAGAACCUGAACCCGGAGGCUGAGGAGCUGGUGUUCAGCCACUACGUGAUCUGCAACGACACCCAGGAGAUGCUGCGCUUCGGCCAGGUGGACACGGACGAGAACGUGCUGCUGGCCUGCCUCAACAGCCACCAGUACAGCUGGCGCUCCCACAAGUCCCCCCAGCUGCUGCACAUCUGUAUCGAGGGCUGGGGGAACUGGCGCUGGUCGGAGCCCUUCAGUAUCGAUAACGUGGGGACGUUGCUGAGGACCAUCGAGUACAAGGGCCAGACCGCCUCCCUCAUCAUUAAGGUGCAGCAGCUCAGCGGCGUCCAAAAGCAGGUGGUGAUCUGCGGGCGGCAGGUGAUGUGCAGUUACCUGGGCCAGGCGCUGGAGCUGCGACUGGUGCAGCACUACGUGGGCGCUGACGGCCAGACGGUGGUGCGCGAGCACGUGGGCUGCCUGGACGCCGGCGGCAAGCUUCCCUCCUACGUGCUGGAGGACAGCGAGCUGACCGAGCUGUGUGUGCGAGCGCGAGGCGACGAGGACUGGUCGCAGGACGUCCGACUGGACCGUCGGGAGAGCUCAGUUGUGCAGGUGCCUUGUUCCAAUGGCUCCCUGCUGAACGUGUGGUGUACCCUGAUCACACUGGAAGCAGACACCCACAUGCAGCAGAGAGUGGUGGUGUUCAGUCCUCUGUUCAUUAUGCGGAGCCACCUGCCGGACCCGGUCAUCAUCCACGUGGAGAAGCGCAGUCUGGGCCUGAAGGAGAGCCAGCUCAUCCCUGGGCAGGGACACGAGGAGGCCCUGCUCAACGUGGAGGCCGACCUCACACACCACCUCACCUUCCAGGCCAGGGAAGACGAGGACGCCUCUCAGUGUGCGGUGCCCAUCUCGUCCAGCCUGAUAAAGCAGAUUGUGAGUAAGGCUGCACCGGAGGAGGUCAGCCUGCAGCAGCAACCCAUCCUGCUGGACUUCUACGGGGUGAAGACCUCCGGUCGGCCAGCCUGGCCCUACACCAGCAAGGACACGGACAGGUCAGGGCUGGAGACGGUGGCGCAGUGGGACAGCCCCAUGCAGGUGAAGCUGUCGGCGUGGCGUCCAGGCCUGAGCACCCUGCUGGUGGAGCUGGUGCCCUGGGCACUGCUAGCCAACCACUCCCACUGGGACCUGUGGCUCUUCGAGGGCGAGCGCAUCGUCCUGCAGAUCCCUGCCGGCAAGGUCAUAGUGCCCCCCAACUUCAAGGAGGCCUUCCAGAUUGGCAUCUACUGGGCAAACACCAACACGGUGCACAAGUCGCCGGCGCUGAAGCUGGUGCACGACCUGACGUCGCCACGCUGGAAGGAGGGCUCCAGCCCUGAGGUCAUCACACUGGACGAGGACGGCUUUGUGGAGGCCGACAUCACGCUGGGGUCCUUUCCCGGAAGACAGAAGGUGUGUCAGUUCUGUGUGUCGUCAGUGGUGAGGCACGGUAUGCAGAUCUUGCAGAUUGAGGACCGCACCAUCCUGGUGAACAACACCUCACAGCCCCUCAGCUACAAAGCCCUGCUGUCCGAACAAAGCCUGGCCAGCAACAAUGAGCCGGUCGGGUCUCCGGAUGCGGCGAUCUUCAUUCUGGCUCCGGCGAGGUCCAGUGGUCAUCCGCGGCGCUGCGCCGUGCCGUGCUGGGACCUGCUGCGCGAGGGGCCCCAGGCGGAGGUGGAGUCCCCGCUGCCCACCAAGCACAUGCUCCUCAGCUCGGCCGGGCCUGACGGCGCAGCUGCGUCCUGGAGCCUGCCCGUGCCCGUGCGGCCAGACUUCCCCAGGCAGAGUGUGGCCGUGCCAGACCAGCCCAGGGAGGGACUCAACAGCAGGGCCUUGGUGGUGACAUACCAGGAGCACAUGGGCAUCACGUUCAUCACAGUGAGCGAAGACCCCUGCCCACGGAUGCUGCUGCACAACAGAUGCCCCAUCGCCAUGGUACUCAAAGAGAACCUCAGAGAGACCCCCCGGACUGUGGUGUUCUGCCGGCCACUGCCGCCGCUCAGCUCCCUGCACCACGAGCUCUACCAGCAGGCCUCCAGCUUCCCCGACUGCCGGCCACGCGAGAGCCUGCCCACGCUCCUCCUGAGGGCCGCGCCGGACCCCGGGGCCUCCCCGCUGCCUCCGCCUGACUGGACCGAGCCCAUCGACAUCAACAGCCCCGGGACACAGGUGGUGUUCCUGCCCAGCUUUGGCUGCCUGUAUGUGGAUGUUCUUCAGCAUGGAGCCACGGUCAUCCUCACACUGGCCCCUGAGAGCUGUGCUGGGACCAUCAUCAGUCAACACCACAGGCUGUCCAAACAGACUCUGUCGUUCCGCGUGCUGCUGAGUGAGGCCAGCCUGGCGCUCUGUGAUGACAUCACCACCCCGUCCGGAUCGGUGGAGCUGCUCCGGCUCACGCUGUCCAAGCUGCUGCUGCACCUCUCGCCCGCCGACCCCUCCGAGCGUUCGGACCUCUCCGCCAAUCCCCACGGACCCGCGUCCACGUCCUCGCCCACCGCCUGGGACGUCCAGCCGGACCCCGGCUCCCCCGUGCCCGGCGCGGGCGGCAGCGUGCUGGAGCUCUAUUGCGCUGGCCUGCAGCUGGACAACCAGCUGUACACGCGCGCCAGCUUCCACUUCCCCGUGCUGCUGUGCCAAGACUCCCGCACCGCCGAGCCUUCAUCCUCCUCGGCAUCAUCUUCCUCCUCCUCCUCCUCCUCCUCUGGCGCCCCCUGGAGUCCGGAGGCCCACCCGCUGCUCUCGCCCCAGGCCCUGCAGGCGUACCGCGCCGCCUGCUUCCUCCGCCUGGCCGUGGCCCUGGGCCCCGACUUCGCCAUGGAGACGGUGGCCGUCCAGAUGCAGCCGGCGCGCGUCUACCUGGAGGACACGUUCGUCUACUACGUCAAGACGCUGUUCCACUCCUACCUGCCCGAGUCGGCCUUCGGCAGCGCAAGCGGUGGACUCUCGACGACGACGCCACCGAGCACGUCUAAGUCCUCCGUCGUGGCAGGCCUGCCUGAGGAGGUGGUCCAGGCCACGCAGGCGCUGGUGUGGCCGCUGAGGCUGCGGAGGCUGACCAUCCAGCCGGUCAGUCUGCUGGUCAGCAUCCACGCCUCGCUUAAGCUGUACAUCGCCUCGGACCACACGCCGCUGGCCUUCUCGCUGUUCGAGCGUGGCCCGGUGUGCACCACCGCACGGCAGCUCGUCCAUGCGCUCGCCAUGCACUACGCGGCAGGGGCGCUUUUCAGAGCAGGCUGGGUGGUGGGCUCUCUGGAGAUCUUGGGCAGCCCUGCCAGUCUGGUGCGCAGCAUAGGGAACGGCAUCGCCGACUUCUUCCGGCUGCCCUACGAGGGUCUGACCAGGGGCCCCGGCGCCUUCGUCAGCGGCGUGUCUCGAGGGACCACCUCGUUCGUCAAACACAUCUCCAAAGGCACCCUGACGUCCAUCACUAACCUGGCCACCAGUCUGGCGCGGAACAUGGACCGGCUGUCUCUGGACGAGGAGCACUACACACGGCAGGAGGAGUGGAGGAGGCAGCUGCCCGAGAGCCUGGGGGAUGGACUCAGACAGGGCCUCUCACGCCUGGGCAUCAGCCUCCUGGGUGCCAUCGCGGGCAUUGUGGACCAGCCCAUGCAGAACUUCCAGAGGACGUGGGAGAUGCAGAGCUCGGCGGGCAGCAAGGCCAAAGGGGUCAUCUCCGGCGUGGGCAAGGGCAUCGUGGGAGUGUUCACCAAGCCCAUCGGAGGAGCAGCCGAGCUGGUGUCACAGACUGGAUACGGUAUCCUCCACGGCGCUGGACUGUGGGAGCUGCCCAAACAGUUGUACCUGCCAGCAGAGGAGCAGGCGGCUCAGGCAUCCAACAGCCACCUCAAAUAUGUCUGGAAGCUGCUGCAGUCUCUGGGCCGUCCGGAGGUGCACAUGGCUCUUCAGGUGGGCCUGGUGAGCAGCUCAGGGCAGGAGCAUGCCGGCUGCCUGCUGCUGACCGCUGACGUCCUGUUCGUGGUCAGCCUGUGCGAGGACACCCAGCAGCAGGCCUUCCCCAUCACAGAGGUCACCUGCCAGCAGGAGCCCAGCCAGCCCGGGGAGCUCACACUCACGCUGCAGCAGACCAGGGUCAGCAGCGACAACGAGACUGAUGGGGGUCGUGAGCGGCUGUCGGAGCAGCAGUACCGGCGGCUGGUGGAGUAUGUGACGCGCGUGUCCCAGCACCUCUCGCCCUCGCCGGCCACCCUGCAGCAGCAGCAGCCGCCCGUCACCGCCGCCGAGCCGCCGCCCACCCUCACCAAGAGCUACCGCUACCUGGUGGAGCCCGCGCACGCACGCGUCUUCGUCUACAAGUUCACAAUGGUCAAGAACAAAGCCCUGCGCGUGGGCUUUCACUGACAGACUGACAGACACACACACUCACUCACACACACACACUCACUCACUCACACACAACUGACAGCCACCACUGAUGGCCUUAUUUACACGACCAAUAGGUUCGGUGUGAGAGAGUGACUCUGGUAUAUGCACUGGUGUCCGGCCCAGUCCAGACUGACCAGCCAGGUCAAAUGGACUUCAGUGCCACUGAGUGCCAGUCUCAGAAUGUGUUCAAGGUGGCACUCGGUGUGUUUCCAGUGACAGUAUGAGGAGUAUGUGGAAGAGAGUAUGAGGAGUGUGGAUGGUAGUGAGUAUGAGGAGUGUGAUUAGUAGUGAGUAUGAGGAGUGUGGAUGGUAGUGAGUAUGAGGAGUGUGAUUGGUAGUGAGUAUGAGGAGUGUGAUUGGUAGUGAGUAUGAGGAGUGUGAUUGGUAGUGAGAGUAUGAGGAGUGUGAUUGGUAGUGAGUAUGAGGAGUGUGAUUGGUAGUGAGUAUGAGGAGUGUGAUUGGUAGUGAGAGUAUGAGGAGUGUGAUUGGUAGUGAGUAUGAGGAGUGUGGAUGGAAGUGCGCUUGUUGGAGCACUAGUGGAGUGUUUCAUGGGUGAAGUUGCUCUGGUGGAGGGUGACUGUGGGGCAGGUGCGUUGGGGGUUUCUGGGCUGCGGAGGUUCAGGUUAAGGGAAGAGCAGGUGAAGUGUAGUGUGAAGGGUCAGGAGAGCAGAGGGCAUGUGUGAGUGAGCAGGGAGAAGUACGCUUUGGACAGAUAUCAUGGACUGACCACACUGCUGCAUUAGGGGGGAAAAGGGAAAAUGCAAAAAUAAUUGAAUUUAACACACACACACAUUCACAGAGAGGCCUUUCAGUUCCAAGUAUUUAUUACAGCAUCUGAGCUGCACGUGAUGGUGUGUGACGCUAACAGUUGUAAAGCUGUGUGGCUUGUCUCUGGCUCCACCCCCUGCAGCGCUACAGGAGCACGUGCAGCCAAGCACCUCAUCACCUGCAUUAUUUAUUCUGAACAAGAUUCGGAAGUCUAAGAAGACUAAGUCUAAGAAUGUAAGAAGACAAGAAACUAAGAAGCUGGUUGGAUAGACUUCUCUAAUGUACAGGUCACGUCCCACUCAGUUUGGUGUUAUUGUGCCCUGCAAACACUAACAGCAGGGGAGCACGGGAGGAGGAGAGCCAAUUAGCCACUGCUGUUUACGGAGUAACCCUUCAGACCAAAGAUACUAGAGUGCUAUGCUCUAAAAUCUUUGCUUCAGACAUGCAUUGGUGUCAGCCUGAAGACUCCUCUCCCUUCCUCUCCCCUGUGCGUCUCCUGUGUCGGCGGUUAUUAUUAUGCAUAUGAUAUAUGAAAUAUGAUGGUGAGCUGCUUGCUGGUUGUCCCAUGCGUUUACACAUUACCCGUGCUUCAGAGUGGGAUGUGGAAGCCAUGCCGAUAUUCGUGCAAUAAGUGCGUGUGGUUGAGGCUCGUUCAUCUGUGUGUCCUGGCCACCAACCAAAAGAUAAGUGAAUGGGUUCUUGGGUUUUGUAUAUUUUUUUUAUAGAUGACAUUACUUAACGGAUGUUUGAUUUUUUUAUUUGUUGUUUGUUGACAUUUUUUUUUUACUCAUUCAUCUCUGCCAACAUCUUCCUAUUGCUAGAAAUGUUUUAUUAUUAAAAAGCCUUUUUACUAGACCCUGUUUGAAAGAACAAGAACUACAUGGAGAAGUAAUCAUUUUGUAAGCCAUCUGAAGCGUUUAUGUUAGUGACAAUGAUGUAUCAAUAACUAAAUAUAACAUUCUAAUAAAAUAUUUAAUUAA